ACAAAAUUCAACCCUUAUCCUGAAGGACGUGGGCGUCUGAGUUCUUCCCUGUGAAGCUACACUCUCGUUGUUUUGGAAUUUGGAAAAAGAAAGGCUACACACGUCCGAAAAAAUGUCGGGCCUGACUCGUACUUUUACCUUCCUUAGAAGUACAGGAACACAGAUCAUCCAAAAAGCCAAUAUUAGCCACAAACCAGCAAAGCAUGUCCUGUCUACUGGCGAGCAAGCCUUUGUGAUGGCCACCAUGUUCGUUACCAUACUGGGGCCCUCUGGAUGGAUCCUGGCCAACUUGGAGAACUACAAGAACAAAGUGUGACCUUCAGCAGCUGUGAUCAGCCACCCGUCCAUUCCUUCCAUAUGAGCCAUCCAGGGUGCUCCUCUUAAUAAAUUCUUGUAUCUAUAGCCUA